CGCGCGCGUCCGGUCGCAGUCGGAGCCCCCCGGGCGGGGCGAGCGGCGCCCGGGCCACGACCGCUGCCUCUCCUCGGAGCAAACGUGACUUUUCGACCCCUCAGCCCGAAAACCUCCGAAUUGGUCAGAAGGGGAGAAGCUAUACCCUCGCCCAGCCGCGGACUCUCAGAGUUUGUGGUCUGUGUUUCCUCGAGAUUUUCAUCAGCAGAGAUAUGCAUUGGUGAGAAGCAUAGAUCAGCCUUUGAUCCUUGGGAGGCAGAGAAGAAGCAGUACUGGUUCCAAGAACGACAGGUUGCCACGGGACAGUCUCUCAGGUCGGGCCCAGGUAGCUGACUUCAUACCAGCUUCAGCUCCGCGGUGAAAGGGCUUCGGCCAGAGGUUUGCAGGAGCUCCACCCCGAGACAGUAACUGCUCAGCAGCUACACUGAGAAUGUUACUCCAACUUUUCAUCCCCGGGAUAAAUCACAUUUGGUCAAGUGAGUCUUUCACUGCAGGUGGACAGAAAUUCAGACUAAUUGGACAAAUGGCUAUUCCCCGUUUGUUCUGAGGACCUUUUUGCCCUUUCUGUUUUGAGUGUCCAGUCUUCAGAUUCCUCCUCACAUGUCACCACCACUACCAGAAACCUAGGUUGCAUGAUGGCAUUUGAAUAUUACCUCAAGAGGUGAUUAGCUGUGUUUGUCCUCUGCUGACUGUUUCUUCGGACUCACUUUUUUGGUGUCCAUUGGAGGGGCAAUAAACCCAAAGGGAUUAUACCAUGGACUACAAGGAAAGCUGCCCCAGUGUAAGCAUUCCUAGCUCUGAUGAACACAGAGAGAAAAAGAAGAGGUUUACUGUUUAUAAAGUUCUGGUCUCAGUGGGCCGGAGUGAGUGGUUUGUCUUCAGGAGAUAUGCAGAGUUUGAUAAGCUUUACAAUACUUUAAAGAAACAAUUUCCUGCUAUGGCCCUGAAGAUUCCUGCCAAGAGAAUAUUUGGUGAUAACUUUGACCCAGAUUUUAUUAAACAAAGAAGAGCAGGACUGAAUGAAUUCAUUCAGAACUUAGUUAGGUAUCCAGAACUUUACAACCAUCCAGAUGUCAGAGCAUUCCUUCAAAUGGACAGCCCAAAACAUCAGUCAGAUCCAUCCGAAGAUGAAGAUGAAAGAAGUACUCAGAAGCUUCACUCUACCUCACAAAACAUCAACCUGGGACCAUCUGGAAAUCCUCAUGCUAAACCAACAGACUUUGAUUUCUUAAAAGUUAUUGGAAAAGGCAGCUUUGGCAAGGUUCUUCUUGCAAAACGGAAACUGGAUGGAAAAUUUUAUGCUGUCAAAGUGUUACAGAAAAAAAUAGUUCUCAACAGAAAAGAGCAAAAACAUAUCAUGGCUGAACGUAAUGUGCUUUUGAAAAAUGUGAAACAUCCAUUUUUGGUUGGAUUACAUUAUUCUUUCCAAACAGCUGAAAAGCUUUAUUUUGUUCUGGAUUUUGUUAAUGGAGGGGAGCUGUUUUUCCACUUACAAAGAGAGCGGUCCUUUCCUGAACACAGAGCUAGGUUUUAUGCUGCUGAAAUUGCCAGUGCAUUGGGUUACUUGCACUCCAUCAAAAUAGUGUACAGAGACUUGAAACCAGAAAAUAUUCUUCUGGAUUCAGUAGGACAUGUUGUCUUAACAGAUUUUGGGCUUUGUAAAGAAGGAAUUGCUAUUUCAGACACGACCACAACAUUUUGUGGGACACCAGAGUACCUUGCUCCUGAAGUAAUCAGAAAACAGCCCUAUGACAAUACUGUAGAUUGGUGGUGCCUUGGUGCCGUUCUCUAUGAAAUGCUGUAUGGAUUGCCUCCUUUUUAUUGCCGAGACGUAGCUGAAAUGUAUGACAAUAUUCUUCACAAGCCCCUAAGUUUGAGGCCAGGAGUGAGCCUCACAGCCUGGUCCAUUCUGGAAGAACUGCUAGAGAAAGACAGGCAAAACCGACUCGGUGCCAAAGAAGACUUUCUUGAAAUUCAGAAUCAUCCUUUUUUUGAAUCACUCAGCUGGACUGAUCUUGUACAAAAGAGGAUUCCACCACCAUUUAAUCCUAAUGUGGCGGGACCAGAUGAUAUCAGGAACUUUGAUGCAGCAUUUACAGAAGAAACCGUUCCGUAUUCUGUGUGUGUGUCUUCUGACUAUUCUAUAGUGAAUGCCAGUGUACUGGAGGCAGAUGAUGCAUUUGUCGGUUUCUCUUACGCACCUCCUUCAGAAGAUUUAUUUUUGUGAACGGUUUGUCAUCCAGAAACCAUUGAGCAAAUACAAGCCUACAGAUGAGACUGAAACUCCUGUUUGUGUGAAUAUAUUCAAAUCUGUUUAACUAGUGCCUCAUUUUUACAUGUAAUGUUAAAAACUAUGAAAAAUGUAUUUUCUGCUGUAUGCAAGAAAAUAGGGCAUUUCAAAGAGCUAAGUUUUGGAUUAAAAUUUGUAUUAUUGUUUAUUAAGCUUAUUUUUAAACAGAAAUUUUAAAAAGCUAUUGUUCUCAGCAUUAACCUAUUUUUAAAGAAAACUUUUUGCUAAUGACUGUUUUUCCCCCUGAGUUUACACUAACAUCUACCGAAGACAGACUAUUUCUCAGUAGCCUAUUUCAGUUCAGCUAACUGCAUUAAUGCCUUUGUAACUCUCUACUUUGACCUUUGUUCUCAGAUCAGAACUAUGCAAUUGGUCUGUGGUUAAGAAGAAACCACACCUUUCCAUGAGAAGUCAUUGAUUGACAAAGUCAGUUCUUGGUAGGAUUAAAAUGUAAAAGCAUAGUUAGUACAUGGGCUAUGAGUUAACACUUUGAAUGAGUGUUUGCUCUGCAGAUCAAAUUAAGAAAUCACAAGGAGAUCCUUUGCUUUUGAAAUACCAGUUCAAAUUUGCGAAUUAUUUUUUUCUGGAAGAAAAGCAAAGACUUAAUAGUUAGAAAGUUUAAAUAUUCCCAAAGAUCCAAAGGGUAAUAAAAUACUACUGGAUUUUUUUUAGGUGGUGCCAAAAAUGAAUGUCUCUGUGUCAUGUAUUUAUAUUACAAAUACAUUCUAUUUAUGUUCUUUCUGGUCUUUUGAUGUUAUUGGUAAGCAGGCCUAAAUCUCAGUAUUUGCUUUUGCAGACAGCUGUGCAAAACUGUUUUUCUAAUUGGUUAAUAAGUGAAAAAUAUUGAGCUUUCUAGAAUUUUUACCUAAUUGGGAAUUGAAAAAUAGAAUAGCAGAUUCUGAGUCAAUAUAAAUAUAUAUUUCACUACAGUUUAACAAGUUAAAAAUAAUUCAGGCGGAUGCAAUGUCAGUAUCUUAUUUGUCUUAGAAAGAAAGUACAGGAAACUGACCUUAAAAUCAGACUAAAACCCAACUGUGGACUUGUCAUGAUGAAGAGAAUACAGAAACACUAAAAAGAAUGCUUGUCUUGGAAUUCUGCUUCUUGGAGAUUUUUCAGAUCCUGUAGGAAACGUUGUGAAAGUUUAGAGACCAAGUUUAAAUGCUUCAGGUACAAGCAUUCUUUCCAUGUAUUUUCUUUUGAGGAAAAAAGAAAUCGCAAAAGCAUUUCACACCAAUACCCUUUGGCUUAAAAAUGCUCAGCAAAAUGGUGGGAGAGGGAGUGUGCUUUUGCUAGUUUCAUAACAUUUGCAUCCAAUACACUGAAUCUUACUUUAGAGGUAAGACUUUAAUAGUGACACUGUAAAUAUUCGGUUUUUUGGCACUACUGUAAGUUCUGCUUUUACACAAAGCUCUUUGCUAAUUAUAAAGCAAAAUAAAAACUGUAGUCUCCUGUAUGAUUUAUUUUUUACUCAGUCACUCCUUAAUUAAACUGCCAGAAAUUAAAGUGCAAUAUUGUAUAUUUUUAAGAACGAGUUUAAAAUAUUAUGCUGAUGUUUACUGGAUCACAAGAAAUAAAAAUCUUAUAGUAUAAUAAAACUAGCAAAAAGAUUAAUAA